AUGAUGAAAUCUACUUGGGAAUUUAAUGAUUUUGAUCGUGAUAGUGAAUUUAACUAUUGUUUUGAAAAAAAUGGUUUUGCUAUUAUUCAAAAUUUUGCAAGUGACAAAGAGUGUGAUGAAUUGAGAGAUGAAAUGAAAAAGAUUGUAAAUGAAAUGAAGAUGGAUGAUCAUCCAAAAUCAAUUUUUACUACAAAAAAUCAGGAGAAGCAUUUAUCUGAUAAAUAUUUUAUUGAUAGUGUUGACAAAAUAAGUUUUUUCUUUGAAGAAGGUGCAUUUAAUAAUAAGGGAGAACUAGUAGUUGAUAAAUUUACAUCGCUCAAUAAAGUUGGUCAUGCUCUUCAUGUUAAAAAUGAUAAAUUUAAAAAUUUUACAUUUUCUGAUAAGGUUAAAGUUAUUUGUAAAACAAUAAAUUUACAAAAUCCAACAAUUGUUCAAUCAAUGUACAUCUUUAAAAAUCCAAAAAUUGGUGGUGUUGUUACAGAACAUGUUGAUUCCUCAUACCUUCAUACAAAUGAUGGUGAAAAACUUAUAGGUUUUUGGAUUGCUUUAGAAGAUGUUACAUUUCAAAAUGGUUGUCUUGAUUUUUAUCCAUCUUCUAAUAAUGAUAUCAAAGUUACAUAUCGUUUUGAAAGAGACUUAUCUGAUCCAAAUGAAAAAUUAAUACAUAGAGGUGUAAAACCUGAAUUUGGUAAAGAAUGUUAUACAUAUGCACCAGUUAAAAAAGGUUCAUUAAUCAUUAUUCAUGGAGAUGUUGUUCAUAAAAGUAAACAAAAUGAAAGUGAUACAAGUCGCAAUGUCUAUGCAUUCCAUGUUGUUGAUAGAAAUAAAAAUUUACAAUGGCCAAAAACAAAUUGGUUACAAGAAACUGAUAAUUAUAAAUUUUAUGGCAUUUAUGAUCACUAG